AAUUGUAAACACAAGUCUUAAUUAAACACAAAUAAAACUAUAAAAGCCAUGUAAAUCCGGAGCACACAAAGUUUAAUGUAGCACAUAAGUCUUGGGAUGUUGGCUAACAUAAGAAGUCAUAUAAGUCUACUAGCACACAUGACACAAUACAAAGUUUAAAACACAUAUUCAUAAUCACUUGCUCACAUUUGGAUCACUUAGCACGCAUAGACUAUUACAACCAAGGCUCAUUUGCUCACAUCUCUCAACAAACAUAAGACACAUUGCUCAUGGAGAGGAGCCACUUGCUGUAUCUUCAUUCCGUGGACAGCAGGUGGUCUGUGGUCAGCAGUGGAGAGUAGAGCAGUGGACAGCAGAGCUGUAGCCGUGGCCAGCAAUGGAGACUGGAGAGCAGAGGGAGCAAGCUUUUCUCGGCAAGCUUCUUCUCGGACGGCGGCGUGGUCAGCAGUGUUCAACGCAGCAAGCUUCUUCUCGGGCUGGUCUCGGACGGCGGCGUGUGGAGGCUGGCCGUCUGGGAGGGAGCCGCCGAGCCGUGGCCUCUGGACUCUGGAGGCUGGACCGGCACCGCUGCCCGCUGGAGAGAGCAGUUGAGCAGAGAGUAGGAGAGGACGACGACGUUUGCUACGGCUCACGGCUGGGAGACCAGAGAGCAGGAGGACGACGGCGUUUGCUACUUUGCUACGGCUCACGCGCGGCUGAGAGAGAGCAGGAGAAUGGUGCAGGCGCUCAGCUGCCCGCUGGUCGCUGGAGCAGACGAGCAGUGAAGCUGUGGAGGGCGGACGGCGGCGUUUGCUACGGCUGGGAGAGAGCAGAGAGAGGAGCGGACGGCGCUAGGUAACCUAGGUUAGGUUUUUGCUUAGAUGGGCUGGGCCUCAAAGUGA